CUUUGCGGCACACGCAGUACGCACCCUGCCGGCGUUGUCCGACUUCCAGAAUUGCGCCAGCACGCUCUCUCUCUCACUCCCUCCCCGCUUCCCAUCGCUUCUUUCUUCUCCACGGACACCCCCUAACCCAACACCUCCUCCAUUCCCUUCUAUCCAUUUCUGUCUUCUAAUAAUCAUUCAUUUAUUUUCCUCUAAUUAUUACCCAUAACGAAAACAACAUCCUUUAAAGCAGUGCAAGAAAAAGAAAAAAAAAAAAAUAGUGAGAGCUCCUUCUUGCUUAUCGCCCCUCCAAGCCUUUCCCAAUCUCCUUCCAAUCCGUCUAACCAGCUCCAAUUUAAUUUGUUCUUGUGCCAUGGUAUGCGGAUAUAGGGGGAUCUGAUGCAAGAUUGGGAGGGUUUUAGGGUUUUUGGUUUGCUUAGGGUUGCCUCCCUGUAAAUAUGAUCAAGCAGAUUCUUGGCAAGCUGCCCCGCAAGCCCUCCUCCAAAUCCUCCGCCGCCGCCGACUCCCCCGACGGCCUUAUCGCCUCCCCGGGCCCCACUGCCGGCCUCCCCCGCGCCGCCUCCUCGUCCGGCCGAACCCCGAAUUCUACCUCCGCUGCCGCCGGCAAAUCCGCCUACGGAAAGAAGUCAUCAUCGCAGCCCGCCGGUAGCAACGGCCAUGGCAGCGCCGCCGCUGUGCAGACGCUGGUCUACGAGCCGCUGCCCAUCUUCCGCGACGUCCCCAGCUCGGAGAAACCGAGUUUGUUCUUGAAGAAGAUGGUCAUGUGCUGCGUGGUGUUCGACUUCACUGACCCCACCAAGAACCUCCGGGAGAAGGAGGUGAAGCGGCAGACGCUGCUGGAGCUCGUCGACUAUGUCGCGACGGCGACCACCAAGUUCCCCGAGGCGGCGAUGCAGGAGGCGACGCGGAUGGUGGCCGCCAACCUUUUCCGCACCUUGCCCUCGUCCAUGUCGGACUCCACCUUCCGGGGGCUCCCCGAGGGGUUCGACGCCGAGGAGGAGGAGCCCGCCAUGGAGCCCGCCUGGCCGCACCUCCAGGUCGUCUACGAGUUCCUGCUGCGGUUCGUGGCCUCGUCGGAGACUGACGCCAAGCUCGCCAAGCGCUACAUCGACCAUUCCUUCGUGCUGCGCCUGCUCGACCUCUUCGACUCCGAGGAUCAGCGGGAGCGGGAGUACCUCAAGACGAUUCUCCACCGCGUGUACGGCAAGUUCAUGGUUCACCGCCCCUUCAUCCGCAAAGCCAUCAACAACAUCUUCUACCGUUUCAUCUUCGAGACCGAAAAGCACAAUGGGAUCGCCGAGCUGCUGGAGAUACUGGGAAGCAUAAUUAACGGGUUCGCUCUGCCGCUCAAGGAGGAGCAUAAGCUCUUCCUCGUUCGCGCUCUCAUCCCGCUUCAUAAGCCCAAGUGUGUGGCUCUGUACCACCAGCAGCUCUCGUACUGCAUCACCCAGUUCGUGGAGAAGGACUUUAAGCUGGCAGAUACUGUCAUCAGGGGGCUCCUGAAGUACUGGCCAAUCACCAAUAGCUCCAAGGAAGUCAUGUUUCUUGGGGAGCUGGAGGAGGUUCUGGAAGCCACUCAGGUUGCAGAGUUCCAGAGGUGUAUGGUGCCCUUGUUCCGGCAGAUUGGCCGUUGCCUAAAUAGCUCGCACUUUCAGGCUCUUUUCCACUGAUCGAAGCAUAAAGAGAGAACGCUUUUCUCCUCUCAGCUCUUCUCCUUAUGAUGCUGGUGCUGGACAUCAGUUGCGUUUACAAGUUGGUGAAGUAAUGGAUAGUUCAUGAUGAAAAAAGGGAAUAUUGAAAUGAAAAGAAAAAAGGAAGGAGUUUUUUGGGGCUUGGUUGCCUUGAUUUUUUGGAUACAAAGGAAAUUUUUGUCGAAUAUGGGUACAGUUUCUAAGUUUUUUCUCUCAUUUUGGAUCCUAUACAUCGGAUGCAUAUUGCUAAAACCAUUUAUAUGUCUAGAUUUUAAUAAUCUAAUUAAUUCUUCCACAUCUAUUUUGUUCUGGAAUCAUAGUCAGAUAAAUAAUUGGAAUUGCUUCAUUAUUUGUCAUCUUUGAUGUAAUGAUCUUCAAUACUAGUUAUCAUCAAACUUUGUUUAAAAGAUCAUUUUGUAUCUGAACAAGUAUUUAGAAGCUCAGUUAAGUUGGUCGGUUCAACCUAUCUGACUUGUCAUUGGCCAACCUUUGUAGGUUAGGUUGGACUUGCACUUAGGAUAUCAAAAAACCUCUUUUGAUCGGAUGACUUGAAGGGUUAAAUCACUCAAACUAUGUGGUGAACCUAGGUUCUAUCCUGUUUGGCUUGACUGUAAGAAAAAGGAAAAGGAAAAAAAAAACUGCGACAUUGCAAGUCCAUGCCUUGGCCCAUGCAGGUUACUAUGUUCUGGUGUGUCUCGUGGCUGUUUUAAGGUAGGACAGUCGGAUCGUGCAAGAGGGGGCUGGUUAGAUCUCAUGACAAGAUGCUAAUUCUCACAGGAACGAAGUAGAGACUAUUGGAUCUAAUGGGAAUGGAAGCAACAAUGGUUGGAUCUGAUAGCAAUGCUGAUGAGGUUGUCAAAUCUAGCAAGAACGAAGACAAGGUAGUCGGAUCUCAUAACCCUGGGGAUGGGGUGGCCGAAUCUCAUGGCCUUGGAGGUGUUGCAACCUAGAUCUGGUAGGGUAUGGUGAUCUCUCCUUCUGGUUUUAGGUGGAGUGCCAAGAGGGAAAGGGAGAGAGGACAAGGAAGAUAGAUUGGUGUUUAAUGGACAAGGGAAAGAAGAUGGUGGCUGGUUUCUCAAGAGAGUGUACAAAACACAAGAGGGCGUUCACUUUUUAGGUUGAUUGGUCAACUCAUUGUUACAUAGGAAACCAGUGACCUAGAUAGCGUCGGUAGAUCAGUUUGGGUGACCGAGUUCAAAUAUUAAUUUGAAAUAAUAUCUAAUUUAUAUCCGUAUUUGUUUAACAAAUA